GUGGUUGGUGAGUCGCUGGAAGCCUAUAAUAAAAGUGCUCGUGCAGAUUGGGUCAAAUCAUGGCCCGGACAAGCUGUCCUGUGUGUGUCACAAAAGUACUGGACUACUUUCAUCCAUGAAUCCAUUCGCAAAGGCCCUCAUGCUCUGAAUGAUUACUUGACGAUGAACAAUAAUCAGAUUGAUGAGGUUGUGGCCCUUGUAAGAGGAGAUCUGUCCAAGCAGAACCGAGUGACACUGCAAGCCCUGAUUGUGCUGGACGUGCAUGCCCGGGAUGUGCUGGCAACACUGGUGGCUGACAAUGUCACCAAUGAGCUGGACUUUAACUGGUUGAGUCAGUUACGCUACUACUGGGAAGACAAUCAUAUGAUGACUAGAAUGAUCAACUCCAAACUGGCAUAUGGAUAUGAAUACCUCGGCAACAGUGGGCGUUUGGUCAUUACUCCACUAACUGACAGAUGUUACAGAACCCUCUUUGGCGCUCUCCAUCUUCAUCUUGGGGGUGCACCCGAAGGACCAGCCGGUACUGGGAAGACAGAAACCACUAAGGAUUUGGCUAAAGCUGUAGCAAAACAGUGUGUGGUGUUCAACUGCUCCGAUGGCCUCGACUACAUUGCCCUCGGAAAAUUCUUUAAGGGUCUGGCUUCAUGUGGAGCGUGGUCAUGCUUUGAUGAGUUCAACAGAAUUGAUUUAGAAGUUUUGUCUGUGGUUGCUCAACAGAUCUUGACCAUCCAGAGAGGUAUCAUGGCGGGGGCUGAAACUCUGCUGUUUGAAGGAACAGAAAUCAGACUAAAUCCUGCAUGUUCAGUCUUCAUAACAAUGAACCCUGGCUAUGCUGGUCGAUCUGAGUUGCCAGAUAAUCUUAAGGCCUUGUUCCGAACUGUUGCCAUGAUGGUUCCCGACUAUGCCCUCAUUGCAGAGAUCUCCCUCUACUCUUGUGGGUUUGUGAGUGCCCGUCCAUUGUCGGUGAAGAUCGUAGCAGUCUACCGCCUAUGCUCUGAGCAGUUGUCAUCCCAGCACCAUUAUGACUAUGGAAUGCGGGCUGUGAAGUCUGUACUUACUGCUGCUGCAAAUCUCAAGUUAAAAUACCCUGAAGAAGAUGAGAAUAUUCUGAUGCUGAGGUCCAUCAUCGAUGUGAACUUGCCCAAAUUCUUGAGCCAUGACCUGCCUUUGUUCCAUGGCAUCACUUCUGAUCUGUUCCCUGGCAUAAAGCUGCCAGAACCAGAUUAUGUGGAGCUGAAUAUUGCAAUCAAAGAGAACUGUGAGAAGGACAAUCUGCAGUGUACACAGUUCUUCUUGGAGAAGAUCCAGCAGAUCUAUGAGAUGAUGAUUGUACGACAUGGGUUCAUGAUAGUCGGAGAACCUCUUGGAGGCAAGACAAGCGCAUACAGGAUCCUAUCACAGGCACUGGGCAGGCUCAAGGAAAAAGAGCUGAUGAAUGAAAACAAAGUGCAGAUAAUUGUCAUCAAUCCCAAAGCCAUCACCAUGGGUCAGCUGUAUGGUCAGUUUGACCCAGUGUCCCAUGAGUGGUCAGAUGGUGUCCUUGCUGUUUCUUACAGAGCUUUUGCCACUUCCACAACUGAUGAUCGCAAGUGGCUGAUCUUUGAUGGACCUGUUGAUGCCAUCUGGAUUGAGAAUAUGAACACUGUGCUCGAUGACAACAAGAAACUCUGUCUGAUGAGUGGGGAGAUCAUCCAGCUGGCUCCAACCACCAACUUGAUCUUUGAACCCAUGGACUUGGAAGUAGCCUCCCCUGCUACAGUUUCUCGCUGUGGAAUGAUUUACAUGGAACCAUUGACACUAGGAUGGCGCCCCCUGAUGAAGUCCUGGAUGAAUCGUCUCCCAGCAACACUGACAGAUGGCCACAAAGCUGUUAUUACUGAUAUGUUUGAGAGAUUUGUAACUCCAACUUUACAGCUGGUCCACAAAGGUGGUCUCAAGAGCAUGUUCUUCUUUGCUUUGACCUGGUCUGUGGGAGCCAGUUGUGAUGACAAAGGCAGGUUUAGAUUUGAUAAACUGGUCAGAGAAUUAAUCUCCGGUGGUAUGACAGAAGAAACCAGGAAAGAAAUUUACCUGGUCGACUCAGUGGAACCUCCAUUGAAGCCUUAUGUUGUUCCAUUCCCACCAAAAGGCAAAAUCUAUGAUUACAAGUUUGUAAGAGAGGGAUCUGGAAAAUGGAUACCAUGGACCGAAGAUCUUAAAGAUGCCCCACCUAUCCCGAGAGAAUCUCUGUUUAAUGAGAUCAUUGUCCCGACAGUGGAUACAGUCCGCUACACAGCUCUGAUGGAGAUGAUGAUUCAGCACAAUGUACCCUGCCUGUUUGUUGGACCCACGGGCACUGGCAAGAGUUGCUACAUCACUGAUUUUCUUUUGAACAAGCUGGACAAGGAGAUGUACAAACCCAACAUCAUCAACUUCUCAGCCCAGACCACCGCCAGCCAGACGCAGAACAUGAUCAUGUCCAAACUGGACCGCAGAAGGAAAGGAGUCUAUGGUCCUCCACUUGGCAAGAAAGCAAUUGUGUUUAUUGAUGACCUGAACAUGCCCAUGAGGGAACCCUAUGGAGCUCAACCUCCCAUAGAACUGCUGAGACAGUGGCUGGAUCACUGGAAUUGGUAUGAUCUCAAAGACACAUCCCCUAUCAAGCUGAUUGAUCUUCAGUUUGUUGGAGCCAUGGGUCCUCCAGGAGGUGGUCGCAACCCCGUCACUCCCCGGUUUGUACGACAUUUAAACACUGUCACUAUUAAUGAGUUUGAUGAUGACACUAUGGUGACCAUCUUUAAGAGCAUCAUGGACUGGCAUAUCAGUGCAAGAGGAUUUAGCAAUGAGUUUAAACCCUGUGCAGAACAGAUUGUCCUGGGGACACUGGAGGUUUACAAGCAAGCUCUUCAGAGUCUUCUGCCCACCCCAGCCAAAUCCCAUUAUCUGUUCAACUUGCGAGACUUCUCCAGGGUCAUCCAAGGAGUACUCCUCUCCACUCCUGAAACCAUGGAAGACCUGACAUCCAUGAAGAAGCUGUGGUUGCAUGAGGUAUUCCGAGUGUUCUACGAUCGUCUGGUGGAUGAUGCAGACCGCAACUGGCUGUUUGUUGUCACUCGGGACAUUAUUAAGGACAAGAUGAAGGAGGAUUUUGAUGACAUGUUCAUUCAUCUGGACUCUGACAAUGAUGGGAAAGUGACUGAAGACGAUCUCCGUUCUUUGAUGUACUGUGACUUUGCUGAUCCCAAGUCAGACUCCCGUAAUUAUGUGGAAGUGCGAGAUCUAGAGAACCUGCAGCACAUCACCGAAGGUUACCUGGAGGAGUUCAACAACAUGAGUAGGAAGCCCAUGAACCUGGUGCUGUUCAGAUUUGCUAUUGAGCAUGUGUGCAGAAUUGCCCGUAUCAUCAAGCAGCCAAGAAGUCAUGCUCUUCUUGUUGGUGUUGGCGGGUCAGGUCGGCAGUCACUGACCAGACUGGCUUGUCAUAUGGCAGACUAUGAUAUAUCCCAGGUGGAAAUCACGAAAAGUUACACUUCCAGUGAAUGGCGAGAAGAUCUCAAACGAAUCCUCCGUAAAGCCACAGAGACAGAAAACCACGCUGUCUUCUUGUUUUCUGACACCCAGAUCAAGCAAGAAGCCUACCUGGAGGAUAUCACCAACUUGCUGAAUGCGGGUGAAGUCCCCAACCUGUACCCAACAGAUGAGAAAACAGAGAUCUGUGAGAAGAUGAGGUCCAUUGACAGACAAAGAGAUAAGGCGAAGCAAACAGAUGGAUCCAUGGUCGCUCUUUUCAAUUUGUUUGUAUCCCGAGUGAGAGACCAGCUUCAUAUUGUCCUGGCUAUGAGUCCCAUUGGGGAUGCCUUUCGUAACCGGCUGAGAAAGUUUCCAUCACUUGUAAAUUGCUGUACCAUUGACUGGUUUCAGAGCUGGCCAGAGGAUGCUUUACAAGCUGUAGCUUCUCGCUAUUUAGAAGACACUGAGAUGGGAGAAGAGGAGAGGGCGGGCUGCAUCAGGAUGUGCAAACAUUUCCACACCUCCACCAGAGAAGUCUCUGAGAGGUUUCUGCUGGAGCUAGACCGGCACAACUAUGUGACACCAACUUCCUAUCUGGAACUGAUUAGCACCUUCAAAGCUUUGUUGGACAAGAAGAGAGACGACGUCAUGAAACAGAAACGCAGAUAUGAAGUUGGUCUGGAAAAACUGGAUUCUGCUGCCUCCCAAGUGUCAGUGAUGCAGAAAGAAUUGACAGACCUACAGCCUCAGCUUGUGAUUGCCUCCAACGAGGUCUCCGAGAUCAUGGCCGUCAUUGAGAAAGAAUCUGCCGAAGUGGCCAAAGUUGAGAGGGUUGUGAAAGCAGAUGAAGCUGUGGCCAAUGAGCAGGCUCGAGCAGCACAGGCCAUCAAAAAUGAGUGUGAUUCUGAUCUGGCAGAGGCACUGCCUGCACUGAAUGCAGCCCUCUCAGCUCUAGACACUCUCACACCACAGGAUGUGACUAUUGUCAAAUCCAUGAAAUCUCCACCAUAUGGUGUCCGGCUGGUCAUGGAGUCCAUCUGUGUGCUUAGAGGCGUCAAACCAGAUCGUAUUCCCGACCCCUCAGGCUCAGGCAAAAAAAUUGAAGACUUUUGGGGCCCAUCCAAGAAACUACUCAGUGACAUGAAGUUCCUGGAAAACCUUCACAAUUAUGACAAGGAUAACAUUCCAGCAGCAUAUAUGAAGAUUAUCAGAACUAAAUUCAUUCCCAAUCCUGACUUUGAUCCAGACAAGAUCAAACUUGCUUCUACAGCCUGCGAGGGUCUCUGCAAGUGGGUGAGAGCUAUGGAUGUCUAUGACAAAGUGGCAAAAGUUGUUGCACCAAAGAAGGAGUCCUUGAGAACUGCUGAAGGGGAGCUAGCAGUAGCUAUGGCAUCAUUGGAGAAGAAAAGAGCUUCUCUGAGGGAAGUUCAGGAAAAGCUGCACAAACUGGAAGAAAAACUGGAGACUAACAAAGCUAAAAAAGCUGAACUGGAGAAUGAAGUUGAUCUUUGUACUAAAAAAUUGGCCAGGGCUGAGCAGCUGAUUGGGGGACUUGGAGGUGAAAGAGACAGAUGGAGUCAAGCUGCCCGAGACCUGGGUAAAAAGUAUGUCAAUCUGACAGGUGAUGUUUUGGUAUCCUCAGGAAUAGUUGCCUACCUGGGAGCCUUCACGUCAGCUUUCAGAAUGGACACUGCUGCACAAUGGCUGAAGACAGUCCAGGAGAAAGGCCUGCCUUGUUCCAGUGACUACAGCCUCAUCAACACUCUUGGGGAUCCUGUCAAGAUCAGGGAGUGGAACAUUGCAGGACUGCCAACUGACAAUUUCUCUCUUGAGAAUGGCAUUAUUAUCAGCAAUGCUCGUCGCUGGCCACUUCUGAUUGAUCCUCAAGGUCAGGCUAACAAAUGGGUCAAAAAUAUGGAGAAAGCCAACAAUCUUCAUGUGAUUAAGCUGACUGAUGCCGACUUUGUUAGGACCCUGGAAAACUGCAUCCAAUUUGGAACUCCAGUAUUACUGGAGAAUAUUGCAGAAGACCUGGACCCAAUUCUGGAGUCACUGCUGUUGAAGCAAACGUUCAAACAAGGUGGCAGUUUGUGCAUCAAGCUGGGAGAUUCUACCAUUGAGUACUCCCUGGAGUUUAAGUUCUACAUCACUACAAAGCUCAGAAACCCACAUUACCUGCCAGAAACUGCAGUUAAGGUGACAUUGCUCAACUUUAUGAUCACCCCUGAUGGUUUUGCAGACCAGCUGCUGGGAAUUGUGGUAGCCAAAGAGAGACCUGAAUUAGAAGAGGAGAAAAAUCAACUCAUUCUACAGGGGGCAGCAAACAAAAAACAGUUGAAGGACAUAGAAGACAAGAUUCUAGAAGUGCUGUCUACCUCUGAAGGCAACAUUUUAGAGGAUGAGACAGCUAUUAAAGUCUUGUCCUCAUCAAAAAAACUGGCCAAUGAGAUUUCAGAAAAACAGGCCAUUGCAGAAGAAACUGAGAAGAAAAUUGAUGCAGCCCGAAUGGAAUAUAAGCCCAUUGCUAUUCACAGUACAAUCUUGUUUUUCUCCAUUGCUGAUCUGGCAAACAUUGAACCAAUGUACCAGUAUUCUCUGACCUGGUUCAUCAACCUAUUUGUCCUUUCCAUUGAAAAUGCUGAGAAAUCUGACAAUCUCAACGAACGCCUGCAGUUCUUGUACGAUCACUUCACUUAUUCUUUGUACAGCAAUGUCUGCCGCUCACUGUUUGAGAAGGAUAAGCUGCUGUUCUCAUUUCUGCUGUGUGUCAACAUCCAAAAACAUAACAAGGAGGUGAAUGAAGAUGAGUGGAGGUUCCUGCUGACUGGAGGUAUCGGGUUGGACAACCCACACUCCAACCCGACAACAUGGCUGCCACCCAAGUCAUGGGAUGAAUUGUGCAGAUUGGAUGAUUUUCCUGUUUUUAAAGAUAUUCGCAAAAAGUUGAUCACACAAAAGGAUCAGUGGAAAGUUGUCUAUGACAGUCUGGAACCACACCAUGAAAAACUACCUGGAGACUGGAAUGAAAAACUGGGUUCCUUCCAAAAAUUGCUAGUUCUACGCUGUUUUAGACCUGACAAGGUAAUCCCUGCCAUACAAGAGUUUGUCAUAGAGAAAAUUGGCAAGAAGUUUAUUGAACCUCCACCAUUUGACCUUCCAAAAGCUUUUGGGGACAGCAACUCCUGUGCUCCCCUGCUGUUUGUUCUCUCCCCUGGUGCUGAUCCUAUGGCUGCCCUGCUCAAGUUUGCUGAUGAUCAGGGCUUCGGCGGUGGAAAAUUUGACUCACUGUCACUAGGUCAGGGCCAAGGUCCAAUUGCUACGAAAAUGAUUGAGAAAGGUGUCAAAGAUGGAACUUGGGUCACCCUGCAGAACUGUCACCUGGCCUCAUCUUGGAUGCCCACCCUUGAGAGAAUCUGUGAGGACUUUAACCCAGAAACAACACACCCAGAUUUUCGCCUGUGGCUGACAUCAUAUCCCUCUGAAACAUUUCCUGUCUCCAUUCUACAAAAUGGAGUUAAGAUGACAAAUGAACCACCUAGUGGUCUGAGGUUCAACAUCUUGAAAUCUUACAUGAGUGACCCCAUUUCAGAUCAGGCAUUUUUUAAUAGUUGCAAACAAGAUCCUAAGUUCAAGAAGCUGCUCUAUGGUUUGUGUUUCUUCCAUGCCCUUGUCCAAGAGAGGAGAAAAUUUGGACCCCUUGGCUGGAACAUCCCGUACGAGUUCAACGAAACAGAUUUACGAAUCAGUUGCCAGCAGCUGCAUAUGUUUCUCAAUGAGUACGAUGAUGUUCAGUUCGUUGCCCUGCGUUACCUGACUGGUGAAUGUAACUAUGGUGGACGAGUCACGGAUGACUGGGAUCGACGUACGCUGCUCACCAUUCUCAAUCAGUUCCUUUGUGAGGACAUCGUUUCAAGAGAUGACUACUAUUUUGAUGAAAGUAAACUGUACUACAGCCCACCUGAUGGCGAUUAUGAGAGCUACCUGGAGUACACACGCAAUCUGCCACUCAAUCCUUCCCCAGAGAUAUUCGGCAUGCAUGCCAAUGCAGACAUCACAAAGGAUCAGAAAGCUACACAACGUUUGUUUGACAAUAUUUUGCUGACACAGGCUAAAGCACCAACUGAGGGAGGCAGAUCCACAGAUGACAUUGUGGAUGAAGUGUCCACAGAUAUCCUUAGCAAACUGCCAGCAAAUUUUGACACUGAAGCUGCCCUUCGCAAAUAUCCAAUAUCAUACAG